UUUUCAGACAUCAACGAAGCUCUGUAUUUCAUGCUUAACGAGCGCGAUUUAUAUCAGUUUCAUAUGCUUUGUAGUGUUUACCUCUCUCUCAACUAUAUCAAUACUAAAGCUUCAUACUCUCUGGAAAAGAUAUGGAAUCCGCUGCCGGGACAGCCGAUGAUUCCGGCAACAUGCCGCACAAAGUUGUUGCGGUUGCCGCCGGUGAAGCUCAUACUUUGGCUCUCUCUGGGGAUGGGUACGUGUAUUCAUGGGGCAGGGGAAUGUUUGGGAGACUCGGGACUGGUUCAGAAUCCGACGAGAUUUUCCCGGUUCGGGUCAAGUUCCAGAACUCAGAGCUUAAGCUUAUAGCUGUCGCUGCUGGCGCUUAUCAUAGUCUUGCUCUUGCAGAUGAUGGAUCAGUUUGGUCUUGGGGUUAUAACGUAUAUGGUCAACUUGGUCUACAUGGGGAGAAUUCUUUGGCACCUCAAUUGAUGGAGCGGUUUCUUGAAUUGGGCUCCCCUGGUCAAUCAAAAGAUGAGUUAGAGACGAAGAGUAAAGCACCCUUUAAGAUUUGUGCAGUCAAGGCUGGAGGAAUGACUUCUCUUGCUAUUGAUAAUCUUGGAGCCCUUUGGAUGUGGGGCAAUUAUCCACAGGAGAAUAACAAUGGUGACGGAAGCUUGACAUUUGUGAGUUGUUUUACUCCAACUCCUGUUUGGGAUUUUCACGGCCAUACUGUUGUUAAGGUUGCAUGUGGAAAUGAGCAUGUUGUAGCCUUAGUCAGUGCUGGAGAAAGGCAUAAAGGUGAUGAUCUCCUAUGCUACUCUUGGGGUGGCAACGGCCAUGGCCAAUUAGGACUAGGAGAUACAGAGAGUAGGGCUCGUCCUGAAAUUGUUGGAACGUUUAGCCAGGACAUUCAAUGGACGGUUUAUGAGGUAGCAUGUGGUGCCUUCCACACUGCUUUGCUUACUCGUAAAAAGAGACCAAGUGACACACUUGAGAGUAUGUGUUGGACGUUUGGCCUUGGGGACAGGGGGCAACUUGGGCAUGGAACCACCCGAAGUGCAUUGGUUCCUGAACCUGUGAAAGAGUUACCGCAGCCUGUAUACCUGGUUUCUGUUGACUGUGGAUUGUUUCACACUAGUGUUGUUUCAUCAGCCGGAGAUGUGUGGUCAUGGGGAAUGGAAAAGGGUCUAGGUCUAUGCCCCGAUGCUAGUUUUACAGGAACAGAUUCAGGUGACGCCAUUUCUCCCCUACGGAUACACGGACCUAAAUUUAAUGAUCCGGUUCAAGUAUCUUGUGGAGCUGCACAUACUGUUCUUGUUGCACAUGAUGGAUACAAGCUAUGGUCCUGGGGCAGGGGAAGGAGUGGAGUUCUUGGAAAUGGUAAAACUGUUGACUGUUUCAGCCCAACAAUCGUGCUGUGGCCUCCACUGAAUGAGGAUUUCAAGCAAGAAGAGCUGAAUCAGGAUGAUAAAAUUGUAGAUCAAAAGGGUUCUGAUGGAGUCUCGGAGAUGGAGAAGAAGUUAUCUUUGGCCAUGGAAGAGAUGAAGCUCCUCCAAUCAAAACUUUCCACCAUGGAACGCUAUGCAAGCAUACUUCAUGGUUCAAUCUUUGGUAAACCUUUUGAAGUGCAAGAUAUUCCGAUCUCGUUGCAGAACUCUGGCACUUUUGAUAUUGCAAGGGAAUGGGAAAACAUGUUGGAGUCAUCAGAUCGUAGCGGGCUUGUUAGGUUGGAAUUGUUCUACCGAAACAUGCUGACAGGUGUCAAGGAUAAGAUUUUGAAGAAACGGAUCCAGGAGUUAAUAAAGGAGUGCCUUCCUUCUUCAGCACAAGGAAAAUAGUGAUGUAAAAUCAUAAUAAAACAACAGAGGCAUUGGUACAUUCAGCAUUUUAUUUACUGUGAUAAGCUUCCCCUAUUACAGGUACAAAAUACUAUUUCCUCUUUCUCAUUUUUUAUAAUAAGUAAUAUUUAUUAUUGUAAAGGUUAUGGCAUUGAUUGGUUUGCUAUAUAUAUAAUAAGAUUGAUAGUUUAUUACUUUUGCUUA